CCCAUGCAUAUUUCUUAGUUCUUGGAAGAGAAGAGGCAAAAACACGUACAAACCAUCAUGAGGCCGAUCCCGAUCUCGUUUCUCGUCAUUCUCUUCAUAUUUCCGGCCGUAUUAGGACAGCUCGAAUUCGGAUUCUACGACCGUACAUGCCCUCCGGCCGAAUCCAUAGUCGCGACUGUCGUGAGCAGUUUCAGCAGUGACCGAUCCAUCACCGCCGCUCUGCUUCGUAUGCACUUCCAUGACUGCUUCGUCACGGGUUGUGAUGCUUCCCUUCUCAUCGAUUCAAUACCCGGAAGGCCAUCCGAGAAGGACGCGGGACCGAACUUAAGCGUCAGAGGUUACGAAAUAAUCGAUGAGGCCAAAAGACAGCUCGAGGCCAAGUGUCCGGCCACCGUUUCGUGCUCUGACAUCAUCGCUCUCGCCACGAGAGAUUCCGUGGAAUUAGCCGGCGGUCCAACCUACCUUGUGCCCACGGGAAGACGUGACGGUUUCACCUCAAACCCGGAGGUCGUCGAUUUGCCGGGUCCCACCAUUCCCGUGCCUGCCUCCGUUCAGCUCUUCGCCGAUAAAGGACUCAAUAUCGAUGACAUGGUUACACUUAUCGGUGGAGGCCACAGCGUCGGUGUUGCCCGUUGCAGCCUCUUCCAAGACCGGCUCCGCGAUCCAGCCAUGGAUCCCUCACUGAACUUUAUGCUGAGGAACACAUGCAGUGGCCCGAAUGACCCUUUAGUGUUCUUGGACCAGUUGACUCCACUCACAGUGGACAACGGACUCUACAUAGAGAGUCUAAGGCAAAGGGCGAUCUUAAGGAUCGAUCAGAGCCUUGCUCUUGAUGUAUCAACCCGGGCUUUCGUGCUGAGUUUCGCCUCGAGCAACACGCUCUUCGCUCGAAGAUUCACCCAAGCCAUGGUGAAGAUGGGCACGAUUGGUGUUCUUACUGGUAACGAGGGCGAGAUCAGGAGGAGCUGCAGAGUUUUCAACAGAGAUGGUUGAUGAUCUUCUUUCAUUACCUUAAAUUCUCCUCUUUGUUUCUGCAAAUUGUCUCAAAUCUGUGUUUCCUCGGCCUCUGAUUUCAUCUUUUGUAUUGUUUUAAUCGAUUUGGGUGUGUAUGUGUGUAUAUAUAUAUCUUUUUAAUGGAUCACGAACCAACUAUCAAAUAAUUCAGUAAAAGAUA